AUCACUUUGUAAUAUGGCUGCCUCCAUAAACAAGCGUGUUGUUUUUUAUUGAAGAACUUGAAAUAUUGUACCAUUUAAUUAUUACUCCAAGUGUAGAAGUAUUUACCCUGAAAAGAUGGCUAAGAAAAAGAAGAACUUGUCAGACAAAAUAAGAGGAAAAAAUAAAAGUGGUAGUUUUAAAAAAUUCAACCCGUUCGAAGUAAAAAUCAACAAACAGAAACAUCAUGUACUCGGGAAAAAAAGAACAAAAUCUGAACAUGGUGCUCCAGGAAUAUCAAAGUCAAAAGCUAUGAAAAAGCGAGCUGGAACACUACUUAAAGAAUACCAAGGUAGACAUAAAGUCAACAAGUUAAUUGAUAAACGUAUUGGUGAAAAAGAUCAAAAUCUGACUUUAGAAGAGAAAAUGAUGCAGAGAUAUGCUUUGGAGAGAAAGAAUGAAGAGAAGAAAGGAAGUAUUUAUAGUUUGAAUGAAGACGAAGAUCUCACUCAUUAUGGUCAAUCUUUAUCAAAUAUAGAAAAGUUUGAUAAUCCUGUUGUAAGUGAUGAGGAUGAAGAUGAUGAUGAUAUCAAAAGGUUAAAAGCAAAAAUUGUAGCUGAAGAACAUUUUGGAGGAUUCCUAACAAAGAAAUCGGAUGAAGAAACUCAGAAAUCAUUUAAAGAGAAAAUGGAAGAAGUGAUAGCUCUCUCUAAAAAAUAUAAAUCUGAAAGACAAUCAGAAAAGAAUGAAAGGCUUGAAAUGACAGAACAAGCUGAUAAAGAAUAUAAAGAAGUAAUGCACCUUCUGUGUGGGUUGUCGAGAUCAUCUAAAUCAAGUGAUAAUAAAGUAGAGAAAGAGGCAGCUGUAACUACAAAAGCAGAUGAUUAUGAUAUAGCUGUUAGAACUCUACAGUUUGAGGCUAAAGGAAAGGCUUCAGAUAGGUUAAAGACAGAUGAAGAAAUAGCCAAAGAAGAGAAGGAAAGAUUAGAAAAAUUAGAGGCUGAUCGAUUAAUGCGAAUGAAGGGUAUAACAGAAGAGGAAAAUACUUCUGAACCAAGACAUAUCUCAGCAGAUGAUCUUUUUGAUGGAUUUAAUCUUAAUAUAGACAAACGAGAUAAACAAAGAGCUAAACAAUCUGUUCAUUUUAAAGAUGGUAAAUUAGCUGGGGGUGAUGAUGUACUGAUUCCUAAAACGAAGAAAGGAAUGAAAAAUAUUGAAAUGAAUGAUGACGAAAGUGAUGAUAAUGAGGAGGAGGGCUUGGAGGAGGAUGAAGAAAGUGAUGAAAGUGAUGAAGAUGAUGAAAAUGAUGAAAAUGAAGAAGAUGAAGUUGAUGAUGAAGAAAAUGAAGAUAAUGACAAUAAAGAUGAUAACAAAAGAGAUGAUGAUGAUGAUGAUGAUGAUGAUGGCGAUAGUGAUGAUAGUUAUGCUGAUUUAGAAUCAGAGGAAGAAGAGGAAAAAGUAGACGACAGUAUGUUAGAGAAGAAGGCUCUUAUCAAGUCUAUUUUAAAGAAAUCUGAAAAUAAACCUUUGAAAUCUCGAAAUCCAAAGGAAACCAAAGAAAUAAUAGAAAAAGCAAAAAAGGAAUUACCCUAUACAUUUCCUGCACCUACCAGCUACGAUGAUUGGUUAAAUUUGAUACAAGGUCUGAAUGCCACGGAUCAGGUAACUGUAGUAGAAAGAAUACAGAAAUUAUAUCAUCCUAGUUUAGGUGAAGGAAAUAAACAGAAAUUACAGACAUUUCAUGGGUUUCUAGUUCAAUAUUUUGGUGAUCUGGCAUUACAAGAGCCACCAGAGUUAGAACUUAUGAAUAAAUUAGUCUUGCCAAUUUACAAUCUCACCAAAAUGUCACCAGAUAAUGCAGCAGAAAUAUUUCAAAAUGAAAUAAUGAGUCGACAGGAAGAGUUCCGACAGAUAACUGAGCGUAAACAUGGCCGAGGUCUUUAUUUAGGCUUAGAUACGCUUUUAAUGUUAAAAUUAGUAUCAAUCAUCUUUCCUACGUCUGAUUUUCAACAUAAAGUUACAACACCAUCUUUACUUUUUAUGGCUCAAAUGUUGGGACAGACACCUCUAAAUUCUGAGAGAGAUGUUAUUUAUGGUCUGUAUAUAUGUAAUUUAUGUCUUGAGUUUAUUGGUAUGUCUAAGAGAUUUAUUCCAGAAGCAAUCAGUUUUCUACAUGGAUUAUUAUUUCUUGCAUCAAAGAAGAAUCCUAAACAGUUGGAAAAAGUAUUCCCUCCUUUUAAACCAGUUGGAGAUAAUAUUAAUUUAUUAAAUAUGAAACCUCCAAAUAUCAGUAAAUUAAAAGCUGGUAAAUUAAAUGGUUGUGUAUUAUUAGCAUCUUCUGCUACUAGAGAUAGUUUAAACAAUAAUCAAAUUAGGUUAAAUGCUGUGUCAACAACAGUAGAAUUAUUACUAGAAUAUACCAACCUGUAUACAGAUCUUCCUGCAUUUAAAGACAUAUUUUCGCCUGUUGUAAAUAUGUGUAGUAAAUUGCCAAUAGAUAUGUAUCCAGCUGAUUUACAGGAAAAAAUCGCCAAGUUACAGUCAGUUUUAGAAGAAGGAUUUUCAAAACCACAGAAAGCUCUUCAAGUACAGAAAAAUAAACCCAUUGCUUUAAAGAUGUUUGAACCUCAAGUAGAAGAAAAAUGGACUGGUAAGAGGAAGAAAUGUGGUGGAACAAAAGAAUUUCAACAGACACAGAAACUUGUUCACAAACAUAAAAGAGAAAUGAAAGGUGCUGUAAGAGAUAUAAGAAGAGAUUCACAAUUCUUAGCUCGACAUCAACUGAAAGAAACAUUAGAAAGGGAUUCUGAUAGAAAAAGGAAAGUUAAAGCUUUGUACUCCAGUCUAGCCAAUCAAGAAGGAGAAGUGCGGGCUCUUACUAAAAUGAAAAAGAAGAAGUAUUGAGAUUUAUAACACUUUGUGAACAGUUUAUAAAACAAAAAAGUAACAUGUAAUAUUUGUUCAAGAGAUCAGGGUCCAUUUCAUAAAGCGUGAUGUUCCAUUGAGAUGUGUAGUAAAAUGGUUGUUUUGUAUGAAGAACAUAAGUUAUAAGGGUGCUUUAAUGAAAUGGGAACCCGAUGUUGAUCUGUUACACAAAAAUAUGUUAUUGUCAUGUUAAGAAUUCAAUAUUUUUUUUUUGUCAGAACAGACUGAAAAUUUAAAAAGCAAUAUGCUAACAUGUAUUCUUGUACAUAAAUAAAUUUAUUGUAAAUAAAAAAAUAUAGGAAUUAACAGCA